AUGGACGCCCUCGUUGCCCAAUACACACAGUCACCAUUUGCGAACGAAAGCUACACCUUAGAUGAGCAAGAUGACUACUCUCAAUCUCUGCCGCCGCUUUCUUUGAAGUUCGCCCUGCCACCUGUUCCUCGACCCUCAGCCUUCCUGCGCGCAGCAACCGAUGACUACUCAAAUCCCAACUGUCCCAUCAAGCUAGCACACGGUACGACGACCCUAGCAUUCAGAUUCAAGGGAGGUAUCAUCGUCGCGACCGACUCAAGAGCUACAGCUGGAAACUGGAUUGCCUCGCAGACUGUCAAGAAGGUGAUUGAAAUCAACCCUAUGCUGCUAGGAACGAUGGCUGGAGGUGCCGCAGAUUGUCAAUACUGGUUAGCUUAUCUCGGUGUCCAAUGCCGUCUCCACGAACUUCGACAGAAACAGAGAAUCUCCGUUGCGGCAGCGUCCAAGAUUCUAGCCAACCUAGUUUACUCGUACAAGGGGAUGGGUCUCUCGAUGGGUACCAUGAUCACAGGUGUCACACCCUCUGAAGGACCUGCGCUUUACUACAUCGAUUCGGACGGAACUCGCCUAUCAGGGAACCUCUUCUGCGUCGGGUCCGGUCAGACCUUUGCCUACGGCGUACUGGAUGCCCAAUACAAGUACGAUUUGGAGGAUGACGAAGCGUUGGAAUUAGGACGAAGAAGUAUUCUAGCGGCGACCCACAGAGAUGCUUACUCUGGUGGCUACAUCAACCUAUACCACGUCAAGGAGGAUGGAUGGGUCAAACACGGUUUCUUCGACACCAACCCAAUCUUCUGGAACACCAAACUCGAAAAGGGCGAGUUCUCAAACGUGACGAGCAACCUAUCGUGA